UAGCAGAGUAGCCCUGGUCGUGCGAAACAAAAGGAUUGGAGGCAGGAGUCCUUCAAUUGUGCGCGGCCAUUGGCGAGCUUCACACCGAAUAUGUUUUGUUCGACAUGUUGUUGUGGGAAUGAAGUAACCAGUGGAGGCAAAGACCGCGGCGAGCUGGAUCCGCAUGGUGGCGAGGCUGGCCUCAAAGUUCCAAGUCAGACUGAUGAGCAUGCAGCCCCGCCAACAAAGCGCGCGGAUGAAGCAUUAGCUGAUGAUUCGGGCACGCAGCUACCACUGGAGCCUCUACAAAAGGAAUCAUUUAUGGGCCAGGCUGCGUUGGGCAGAACUUUGCUGGAGGAGUUUCACGAUGGGAGCCCUUCAAAGAAUGGAGUCUCUUUCUCUUCGGCGAGUAUCAAUUACAAGGAAGGCAGCGAGCAGGCCUGCAAUUCAUCUGGAUUCUUGACUGCCAGAUCACUAGCGACCACCACUGCCGGGACCAAUCCCGAGUUCACAGUGCAGAUAGAGAGGGCCCAUGGUUCAUCCUUGGGCCUCAACCUGGAUGCACUUGAUGGGCAGACGUUGAUCAUCAGUGCCAUCAAGAUGGGGCCGGUGCGUGCCUACAACGAGCAACAGGAGGAUGAAGACAUGAUGCUUCAGAAUGGUGAUAGCAUCGUGGAAGUCAACGGUGCUAGGGGAAGUUCACAGGGCUUAUUAGAACACCUCAAGGUUGACACUGAACUGACAGUGACGCUGAAGCGGCCGGUCACCUUCAGCAUUAGCAUUGCCAGAGCUUAUGCCCCGCUGGGGCUCCAGGUUGAGCAUGCUCCAAAUGGAACAAGCCUUUUGGUGAAGACAGUCAACCCUGGCCUCAUCAAGGACUGGAAUCUGUCACAUCGAGGUAUGGGAAUUAAGCGGCGAGACCGUGUCAUUACAGUGAAUGGCUGCCAGGGAAAUCCUGCUGAGCUAAUGGCCAAGAUGAAGAUUGCGGCCGUCCAGGGCGAAAAGCUGGACAUCGAAGUAUGUCGCUACUGAUCCUCCAAGAGGAGACGGUGGGCAGUUCUGGAAGGACCCAACUUGGAUGUUGCCAGAGGGGUCACAAAGGCACGAGGAUUGGCGGAGCCAAAAGUAGUCAGCUCCCUUUUUACUGUGCAGAUUUGUGCAGCUUGUGGCUGACAUCAUUUUCCCCGGAGCUUCGCUGGGAACUGGCGGCGCUGGGUCUGGUGGUGCAAGAGAAAGCUUGCACAGCCACCAGUCACAGCUUUCGCCGCUCGCUUAGGUCUCUGUCUCCUAAACCUGGAAAACCCUGGUAGCUUCCUGCAUAGUCUCAGG